AGUUGAGGCGUGUGGGUUUUGAUUGAUUUAAUGCUCAUACAUUGUAUUUAUGUGAACAAAAUAAUGAAUAUAACGAGGCAAACUGUACAACAUUCCCCCUAAAAUGUCAUGAAGAAGAAGUUUAAAUUAGAAAGCAUGAGUUCUUCAGAAUCGUGUGUACAUCAUUACGUUCAGCCACAUGGGUUUCAGUUUCUACAGUCCUGUAGUAUAUCCAUGGGCGCUGCGCGCUGCGGCCGCUAGGGGGCGACAGCGUCCCGUCCACGCUGCCACUCCUCGGAAGUUGAGAGGGCGUCUUUUUGUCCCAACACAACACGACCAAAACAAUGAAAGCCAUCAUUCAGAGGGUCACCGCGGCGACCGUGACAGAGUGCGCAAGAUCCUGAACCUGCGGCUGUUCGAGGACGAGGGCGGCCGGGCGUGGAGCAAGAGCGUCAUGGACCGGGACUUUGAGGUGCUGUGUGUGAGCCAGUUCACACUGCAGUGUAUCCUGAAGGGCAACAAGCCAGACUUCCACUCGGCCAUGCCCGCAGAGCUGGCCCAGCCCUUCUACAACAGCAUCCUCGAGAGCAUGAGGAGUGCCUACAAGCCAGAGCUUAUCAAGGACGGGAAGUUCGGCGCCUACAUGCAGGUUCAAAUCCAAAACGAUGGACCUGUCACCAUUGAACUGGCCUCGCCUGCUGGUCCCACAGAUGCUAGACUGCUGUCAAAGCAGGAGAAGCAGCAGCAGAGGAAAGAGAAGACGCGCUCCAAGGGCCCCUCAGAGUCGGGCAGGGAGAAGGGCGCCCAGCGUUCCCGACAGGACCCCAACGCCAGCAGUGGAGCAGAGGGUGACGUGUCGUCAGAGAGGGAGCCGUAGGUUAGCAGGCUUGGUGUAUUAUCACUAAAGGAUGCUCCCAGAAGAGGGCAGUGGGCUCUUUACUUUCAUUCCAUCGGAUCCCUACUUUCCUUCAUGAAGCUUUUACAUCAAACAAACGCGGUCGUCGAAAUUGAGUUGAAGAUGGAUCCUCGUCGAAAUGAAACGGAUCAAUGAACAUCUGUAAAUAAUGAAGUAUAUUAUUUUGUUCUUACCCUAUUGAAAUGAUAUCUCAUGUGGUUCGGACACGCGUACCUACACUUCGAGUGUGUUGAUUUACCACUCGUGUAUAUCAAAAAUAAAAUGUAAAUAUGUACAUACCUUUUUCAAAAAGAAUUCUAACACUGUAUUCUUGAAAACGUUCACAUUAUUAGUAUUUUUCAAUCCGGGGGAGGCACAGUUUCACAUUCACAAGUAGGCUCUUAUUUAUGGGAGCCUUACUCAGAAGUAAGACAGGCUUUUCCUUCCUUCUGUGGCAGAAAGCCUCAACAAACCUGGAUGAAACGUUUGUCCCCGCUGCAUGUCCUUUUAUACAGUAUGAUCUUUUACACAUGUACUUAUUUAACAAAUAUUUUUUAUCCAGCAUAUUGGCACCACAAAAACACUGAUCAUAACUGCUUUUAAUAUUGUGACGGAUCGGUGUGUAUCAGUUGUCUGCUUUUGAAAGACUGCACUCUGAGCCAUCAAUCACCGGGAGAGUGGUAUAUAUUCACAUGUGACUUAAGACAUGUGAUUAUAUACAACUCUUAAAAGUUGCACUAAUCAAUAAAAAGAACAACAAAAACAUAAAAACUAAUUUGAGGAGAACAUUUUAACUUCUUUCAGCUCAUUGUUUUUGUUUCAGGGCGGCAACUUUGUUGUUCUAGUUCAAUGUCACUGCACUCGUGCAACAUGCAGCCAAAGAUCAGCUAAUGCAGCUUUAUCUUGACCUGCUCCAUAUUAGUGUCAACAUUGUACAAUAAUAAAUGACAACAAGACCAAAAGCUACAUGACAAGUAUAUAGCGUCAUAUGGGUAGAAAUGUCUUUGUAAAAAUAUUGAAAUCCUAUAAUAAGUUUAUUUUUCCAUUAUUAGUGAAUAAUAAAAAUAUUUGAUAUUUGGGUU